UCAAAAUUGUUUUAACCAAUGGUGUGAUGGAUGAAAAGACUUUUCAACAUAUCAAACUUUAUGGAUUCAAAUAAGUUCAACAAACGAAUUUCAAGCUGUUAAGAUAAAAACAUCAUUAUGUCGGCACCUACAAGUGAUAGUACUGAAGCCAUCACCAACUCUGGCUACGGCAGCAGCGACGAGACCGCAAGUCUGCUGGUUGCAGCUCCAGCGGUGACAGUUAUCGUGCCCACCGAGAACAGAACUGUCAAACCGAUCUUACAGCGGCAAGAUUGCACAACUAACUUACGACCCCAAUUGUCAGGCGGCCCAGGCAGCGAGGAGAGUGCAACGUCUGUCAGAAUUGAAGAUAACUCAACAAGAAGUGUUCCCGAUAUAGAAUUACAAUGUCGAGAUCCGCCAGACCGGCCCCAAACACUAAUAUCGCCCGUGGCCACCGGCAGCCACAGAUGCUCCGUUACCACCUGCCAAUUAGUGCCUCACGGAUACACGAGAUGUCGCGUUUGCGAACGCAGGCAGUCCACGGCGCCCGUGUCCGCAUUGCACCUAGCGCGAUCUGUUUCGAGAGAAAGCGUUCGUUCAGCAUUUCAUUACAACUGCGGUUGUAGUUCCCUGCACGCCGUCAACACGUGCCCUGUCAUACAACCACCGGCGCUACUGUUGCCCACAACUAGUACUCGAAUCAUCCGCCAGAGUUCGCAGCCGGAGUCGAGCGCAUGCGUGACCCACUGCCCUCACCACGCCCACCACCACCCCAGCGCCUCCUUGCGGCAACUGCGGGAACCGGGCGAUGGAAUAGCUGGCAUUGCUGCCGAUUCUCUGAGAAUAAAUGGUGGAAUGCGUCCCUUCAAACAGGGUCUCCUCCUCUGCCCACAAACCUUGUCGCAGACUCGCCGAGCUCGUCUCAGACGCGCAUUCACUGAAGCCACGGGAGAUACUGUUAACUACGUUAGAACGCUGCGAAAGCCGGUGUCGACGGUGUCGAUCCCCGGCGCAAUGAAGGCGUACUCCGGGGGCAGAGACGCGGGAGCUGAGGAGGCGGGGGUCGCGCUGGUCGGGGUGCACAGCGAGUACCCACGUUUCGGUGAGGAGCGCGCUCUCGGCGGCGGCACCUACAAAGGCGGGGGGACAGCUAAACACAAGCCAAACAUAGGAUAUAGGUUAGGUAGACGAAAGGCAUUAUUUGAAAAACGAAAACGAAUAAGUGACUACGCCCUUGUAAUGGGAAUGUUUGGUAUUAUAAUUAUGGUAAUAGAGAACGAACUUUCCAGUGCCGGUGUUUAUACUAAGGCGUCAAUUUACUCGCAAGCGUUAAAAACACUAAUUUCCAUGUCAACUGUGAUCUUACUCGGCCUAAUUGUUGCUUAUCACGCAUUAGAAGUACAGUUAUUCAUGAUUGACAACUGCGCUGAUGACUGGCGAAUAGCUAUGACGUGGCAGAGGAUAGCACAGAUUGCGUUAGAACUGGCGAUUUGUGCAGUUCACCCCAUCCCGGGGCAAUACACCUUCACGUGGACCACCAAAUUGGCCAACAAAGGAGGUGUUAUAGGGGUUGAAGUUGAAACAAUAUAUAAGCAAAUUCAGGUUCCUUAUGACGUAACUCUCUCUUUACCGAUGUUCUUUCGUCUCUACCUAAUAUGUAGAGUCAUGCUUCUUCAUAGUAAAUUAUUCACCGACGCCUCUUCACGAAGUAUAGGAGCCUUAAAUAGAAUCAAUUUUAAUACUAGGUUUGUGCUAAAAACACUAAUGACAAUUUGUCCUGGUACAGUACUCUUAGUGUUCAUGGUGUCAUUAUGGAUUAUAGCAAGUUGGACGUUGCGACAAUGCGAAAGGUUUCACGAUGAAGAACACGCUAAUCUACUCAAUGCGAUGUGGCUUAUAGCCAUCACAUUUCUCUCCGUUGGUUUCGGAGACAUUGUGCCAAAUACAUACUGCGGCAGGGGUAUUGCCGUAAGCACCGGUAUUAUGGGAGCUGGAUGCACUGCGUUAUUAGUCGCGGUUGUUUCAAGGAAGUUAGAGUUAACUAGAGCUGAGAAGCACGUUCAUAACUUCAUGAUGGAUACACAACUUACUAAAAGACUGAAAAACGCAGCGGCCAAUGUGUUGAGGGAGACUUGGCUCAUAUACAAGCACACGCGACUCGUGAAGAGGGUCCACCCCGGGCGAGUGAGGACACAUCAGAGAAAGUUUCUACUAGCCAUAUAUGCGUUACGAAAAGUGAAGAUGGAUCAGAGAAAGUUAAUGGACAAUGCGAACACAAUAACAGAUAUGGCAAAGACCCAGAACACGGUCUACGAAAUAGUGUCCGACAUGAGCACACGACAGGACACCAUAGAGGAGAGAUUAACUAGUUUAGAAGAAAAACUCACUUCUUUGCAGGAGCAAAUGAAUACGAUACCAGACAUAAUGGCCCGAUGCUUGCAACAACAUUGGGAGAGAACUGAACAGCGUAGGAACUAUCUUCACCCGGACACGGCGGCUGUGCCCACGCCUCCCUCGUCAACGAUUACACCGUAUGCCAGGCCACUAGCGUCAGCGUCGCACCCGUGGCCACCUAGUCCUGUGGGUCAUCAGGCGGCGCGCGCGCACUCUGCGCCGGAGAGCACGGCAGCCCAUACGCCGACAGCGCAGCUUGUGCCCACCAGCCCCGCGCCCGCGCUGCCUCGCACACAGCUGCCUAGCUGAGUACCGCCCUCCAAUUCCGAACUCCUUUGCUGAACUCGACGAAACUCGGCUCCUAUCCCCUUCUUAUAUCGUAACUAUUAGUAAGUUUAUCGGGAAAAUUGUUUCACAAUAGGGUAUAACGAUGCAGAUAUAUGAAGCAAGCUUUAUUGACUGUUACUAUUUUUUCUAACGUUUAAGUGUUCUAUUACUUUAUGCAACGACAAAAUAAUUAUUAUCAAUCGUAGUAAAUAUAGUUGUUGGAAGAGUGAAAUGAGUUUCCCGGUUCACCGACGGAAGAAGCCAGCGUGAGACAAGGCCAGCCGUAGUUUCCUUCGCUGUUCCCAAAAGUUUCGGAAGUGUCAGACUGUUUUCUAGUGGUAUUGUUUAGGUAGUAGAUGAAGAACGAAAAGACCUAAUACUGUGAGUUAACGAUAUGCUUUAUCAAGAAACGCCUUGUCAAAACAUAGAUGAUAUUAUUUUAUAGAUUAAUCUUAAGUAUCACACUCAUUAUAUUUUAAAACACAGCAAAAUUAUACAGCGCAAUUAUUUGAACAUUAUCGGUCACUCCAUAAAUCUAAGCUAUUUAUAAUACACGUCGUUAAUAUUCACUUUAAUGCAUCGCAUACAAAGUACACACAUUGAACCACCAUGAUAAGAACCGUAAGUUUGCACUGAAAAAAACAUGCACAUAAAAACAUGUUAUCUGACUACGAAGUUUUUUAGCAGUGCGAAUUUAUGGCAUAAUUUAUGUAUGUUCUGAUUGCUUUCAUGUCAAGUUUUUGUAAGAAAUAUAAAAAGAACACAUUAUCUAAAAU